AUGGGAUCAAUCACUCGUCAGAUCAUUAAUUCAUCGAAAGCUCCAGCAGCGAUUGGUCCUUACAGUCAAGCAGUUCGUGUCAACGAGACAUUAUACCUGUCGGGUUCCUUGGGAUUGCAUCCAGAAAAAGGGGCAUUGGUCGAUGGUGGAGUGAAAGAACAAACACACCAAAGUCUUCGGAACAUUGGUGAAGUUCUUAAGACGGCCGGAAUCGACUACAACAAUGUGGUGAAAACGACAGUUCUUCUUGCGGAUAUCAACGACUUUGCAACGGUGAAUGAAAUCUACAAAGAGUAUUUCAAGGAUAACUUCCCAGCUCGUGCGGCUUAUCAGGUCGCCGUUUUACCAAAGAAUGCCUUAGUGGAAAUCGAAGCGAUCGCUGUGAUUGGAAAAAUCGUCGAUAAAGCC